AUGGUCCCCAUGAAGAAGCUGCACGAGGCAUUCCUCAGGCUGGUCCUCCUGCCCGCGGGGGGCGCCACCAAGCCCAAGGCCUCCGAAGUGCUGAGCCAGCACCUGCUGCAGAGGGGCCUGCCCCACUGGACCUCCUUCUGCGUCAAGUACAGCGCAGUGCGCAACGACCAGUUUGGGCUCUCCAACUUCAACUGGGACGUGGAAGGGACGAACUACCACGUCCUGCGGACCGGCUGCUUCCCCUUCGUCAAGUACCACUGCUCCCGAGCGCCCUGCCAAGACCUGGCGAUGCAGAACCGCUUCUUCACAACUCUUAAAAUAAUAAACUUAGGUAUUCCUACUUUAUUGUAUGGAAUUGGCUCCUGGUUCCUUGUCAGUGUCACAGAGACAGUUCACACACACCAUGGCCCAGUGACUGUUUACUUCCUAAAUAAAGAAGAUGAGAAUGCCAUGUUCUAA